GCCUAGAACAAAAAACGUGUCAGCUGACUAUCGACUUUCCCAUCGAAUCACCAACAAAUCGAAAUUAAUUACCUCAACACGUGAUUGGAGUUCCCCCAGUCCACUUUUUUAAAAGAAAUUCAGGGACCACCACAGCCUAGCUUCCUGUCCGUAAACUGGGACUGGAGUCUUUUGCUUCAAGCUUAGCGCUACUCCCGGGCGUUUAUCUGGUGACGGUGUUCUUUUUCUUGUAUUUGUUGUUUAAUUCCUGUAUUUAAUAUACUCUUUGGUAUUUGUCUAAAUCUCCAGUUUUGAACCAUAUUGUGGAAUAAAGAUAUGCUCAGGAGAAUAUAAGGUAGAUAUUCCUAACGGACUUUAACACUUCAAAGUGUAAAGUAGUCCAUCCGCGACAUGUCGCAGACUACAGUUACAACUUAAGAAACUCCUCUCUAGUAGUAUCCCGAAUGGAAAAAGAUUUAGGAAUCCUGAUGCCCCACGAUCUGAAGUCUUACGCUAACUGUGACAAAAAUACCUUUCGAGCGAACCUUGGACUGGUAACAUUGAAGCGCAUUUUUGGCCAGUUUGACGGAAGAACUUUCCACAUAAUCUUCAACAGUUUUAUUCGUCCCCAUUUAGAGUACGGAAACAUAGUAUUUCCUCCCUCACUCCAAAAGGAUCCUUUUGGAGUGUCCUUAUCGAUAAGGACACUCUGGAGGGUAUCCAACAGCGAGCCAGGAAAUCAGUUCGGGGACUCAAAUUCAAACCUUAUGAAAAGCGCCUCCAAUCACUUGAGCUUUACCCAUUGGAGUAUAGGCGUCUUAGAGGUGACCUUCUGAUUGCUUACAGUAUCCUUAACACUUCUGGACAUCCUCUUAAACACUUACUUAAGCUUAGUCCCAAUACAAACCUAAGCGGUAACACCCAGAAAUUGGAGAUGCAACAUAGCAGAACGGACUGUAGACACAACUUCUCUUUAAGAGUUGUCAAAUGCUGGAAUUCGCUGCCGACUGAACUAGUCCAAGCGACUUCCCAGGAGUCUUUUAAGGGGAAACUUGACCUAUUCUUAAGGACUAAGGAUAACAUCUUAUUGUGAGUUACCAAUAUCUUUUUUCUAAUCUGUUAUAGUUAAUAUACCUAUGUUCCUGCCUGGAGGUAUUGGUGAUUCCCUGCUACUAGACACGGAAGCUUCUAUUCCGUCCACAUCCAUUUGAAACUUGGCGAAAUUACAUAUAAAUGAUAUUUUCCGCUGUGGUUAAAGUGUAGCUUUUCGCUUAAAUGCUUUCUCAAAGUUAAUGCCUUAAUGGUUGCCCAAAUGUACACCAACCAGUCUUUUUUUUGCCCACAUUUACCAAUGUCAUUUUACCUCCCUCCAUAAUGUCUUCGACAUUUACUUACUGCUGGAAAAGUUUCUUAGCGCUUGACUUUAUUAUGAAGAGUAAUUCGUGUUUAAGAAGUAAUUUGCGGGAAUUCUAAUCAUAAUCAUCAAAAAUAUCACCAUUGUGGUGUCUGUCAUACUUUGUGUUUGUGAGAAGUAUGAUAAUUGUUGAUGUCUAGAAAAUGUGGAACUUAGCUGUGUAUCUGGAGUUUGUUUGAUGAGAACGUGUACUAAAAAUGUUUCUUUUUUUCAACUAGAGAUUAAUUUAACGUUUUAAGACCAGCUUAUUUCUCAGUACAUCACAUACAUAUAAAAAUGUUGAAGUAUAUGUAGGCAUUCGCUUAUUUGAGAAAAGUGUUCAUAUUAAGAUCGAAACAAUAGUGUUGAAACUAAAUGUUCCUAUCUUUAUUGGUAGUCCUCAUUUUCGUCUAGUAAAUUCUGAAGCAAUAGCCACCAACUGUUGUGGUGUUGUUGUAUUUGGAUUUUUAUUACAAUAUGAGGUGUGAUGUUCGAUAAGAAAAUGGGAAGGAAAAAGAAUAAUACUAGUUUGUUACUUAUAUCAUCAUUCUUUCGUUGUUUUUACGUUUGAUUUGUCUCAUCAUGAGAGGAACCUGAUAUAAAUUCUAGUAAGUCCUCUUUCUCACACUGACCAAUUCGAACUUUGCUGUUAAUGCAUCUACGUAAAAAGAAUCAUAAAAAUCCGUUCCUAAUUCGUUCAAUGAAAUCAAUUUGUUAAACCAUGUCUUAUACGAAGUUCCAAGAGAAGUAAAAUUGGUGGGCGAUCCCAGUCUCAUAACCUAAUACUGAUUAUAUCUCAAUAAUGCCUUCAGAUUGCCAUUCAUGAGCUCGGUCACACUCAUCUGAAAUGUAAAUAAUUGAUUAAAGGAAUCUAUGAUCUUGCAUAUCUAUUCAUUAUACUUUCCUGCUAAGGAUGUUUCUAGGAUUUCCGUUUCCUUCUCACUUGAAGGCAGCAAAACUGAUGAUCCACCCAUGUUACUGAAUAUGCUAUUAAAGGAUGAAUUAUUUAAAAUGCAUAUCAUUUGUUUAGUGUUAUCAGGCAAUUAGAUGGUUGCUACAAGCUUUUGAAAAGUAGCGUAGUGAAGACAAUUGCACACGUAACUUAGCCGACCCAUCCACUAGCCCUUAAUGUUAGUGUAGAAGUUGAUGGCUGAGGCUUUGUCUUCGUUUAAUUUGUGUAUAUAAGUUUAUAGAAGUAAUAAGCUUACUUUAGGUGCUUCCAUCAGUCUCAACUUUUAGUAGGUAAACUUGCUGUACCUAGCCUAACAUUUGGCUACAUCCAAAUCAGCUGAGUCGUAUGGAUAAUCGGGUUUUCGUUUGAGUCCCGCUCUGCUAAUGAUCAGCAGAAUUAUUGUGCUUACCACAGGCUUCUCACUUUAUAAGGGUAAAGUAGUUUCAUCCUGCGAAUUACUUUGUUAAACGAAGCAACUAAGUGUUUAGUUGGAUAAAAAUAAUCUAUGAGCAGUUGAUUUUCUGCGUGUAACACCUGAUUAGUGCAAGACUGCACAUUUAGUAAUAGAUUGGUUUCCAUUCUUAUUGAGUCGAUUUACCAUCGAUAUCAACAAUGCCAGGACGUAUACAGCAUGUCUCACUCACUAUCCAUAUGCUUGCCGCAAGCAGUGCCUGCUUCUUGACCAAAGCAUUAAUGGAAACAAUUUUUUGUUGUACGUGGAAAAAGUAUGGAGCUAGGAGAUUAGUUUCCAAAUCCUAAAGUUCUAAUGUAUAAAAAGUAUGUAAUGACGGAAUCAUUAAUUCACUGUUAGCAUAGAUUACUGAUGUGCACUUACAUACUAUAUCACUUACAGAAACCCACACGUACUCAGUAGUUAGUCAUGAUUAAUUUUAUUGUCUAGACGUUUUAAGCGGUUGAAGAGGGUCUACAAAAUAACUUCUUGCCGUCCUACGAUUAUUGUAUGUUUCACUAAGGCCUAUAAAGAGGUGGGACUGUUUAAAAAGAAUGUUUUCAUCUGUUGGAGUGUACGAGAUACAAUUACAGGGAUCCCGUUGGUUCCAUCCUUACGUUUUAUCAGUAUUAUUCCCUAAAGAUUACUCACUGCGUUUUUGUUUAUUAUCCAUUUAAAAAUUUUCUGAUUUGAGACAAGAUGAUUACCUCAUUGAUCGAGUCAAAAGUCUGACUUAGUUUGAAAAUAUCCAUGCAUUACAAAAACAGGAAUUGUGAUUUUAAAAACUGUUCCUCACUAAGAUAUUUCCUACUUUUAGGUCUGAGUCUUUUAUAUAUCUCAAUAAAGAUGCCAAAGAGUAAGUCCAUUGAAGCACGUCCAAGAAAACGUAAACAAAGUCAAAGAAUGGAGGAACUUACCAAUUCAGUUUCUGAGCAUCCUAAACGCGAAGUAAAUCACAUAUCACACCUGUCGGAUGGCUCACGCCACCCAAAACUCAGAAGCCGUGUUAGCCAUGAGCGGUCAUUCCUAACAGAUUUCCACAUUGUAAACAAAGUUCCAAAGUGGCUCAUUUUAUCUUUCAUAUAUUUGGGGGUCUUGAUUUUUUUGAUGAUGAUUGCCUUUCGUCAAGUAAUGGUAUGGUAUCAGGGAAAACAAGUUAUUACUCCACUUCAUCUACCUAAAGUAAUAUCGGAUGCUUCAUCGCAUGAACGAUCUCAUAGUUUGUUUUGGGGAAGUUAUCGUCCCGGAAUUUAUUUUGGUAUGAAACAUAGAAGCCCCAAAUCUCUUUUGUUUGGAGUUAUGUGGACAGUCCAAGAUCCAGAAAAUUUUGUCUACCGCCACUCAUGUGAUCAAUUUGAUGGCGUUCUAAGCUACAACUGGUUGGAACACGAUGGUCGUACUUUUGGAACACAGCAAAUAGUGGAUAUCCAUCAUAUUAUCACGAUAUCUUUUGUAAAACCGUCUUCUGACUUGAUGGGCGGUGACUGGACAGUAAGGAUUUCGGCAGUUGCGCGGAAUCGUACUUCUACGGAGUAUCCAUUGUCGGUAAUUGUCUACUUUUAUUAUCCUGGUGAUAAAAAUGACUUCUUCAUCGAACCAGUCGUUUCGAAUAAGAAAAUUACUGGAUUGCAAGGUAGUUCAAUGGAGUUGAGUGAUUUUCAUGUUUUGUUUCAUCCUACUCCUCAUAAAUUACAGGAGAGUUCUCUCGUGGCUUAUAUACCUAGAGAAGAUACAAUUAAAGAGACAAUGUUAUCUGGUUUAGGAGUUAGAAGAGAUAAGAAUUUCUUGGCACUAACAGGUGUCACAAAGAAUCAUAAUAAAAAUCAACCUCCAAAUGCAUGGUUUUAUGAAAUAAGUACAAAACCCAAUGAAAAUAAUCAACCAAUUCUGGAUGUCGAAUUCUUUCGAUCACAAAGUCCAUUUGAAGGUUUUCAUGGGAAUAGUUUCUCUGAAGAGUUAUCUAAACAGUCUAUAAGUUUCCAUAAACGUUUUGUUGAAAGAUUCAGUGUGGAUUUAACGAAGUUUUCUAAUAGACAGGUCAACUUAUCUAAAAUUUCAGUCAGCAAUCUACUGGGUGGUAUUGGUUUCUUUUACGGCACAUCGUUAGUUCGUUCGGCUAAUAUUGGACCGGAACCAGUAUCUAAUUGGGCGUCUAGUUUAUUUACUGCCACUCCAUCUCGUCCCAGCUUUCCGCGUGGAUUUUUAUGGGAUGAAGGAUUUCAUGGUUUGAUAUUGGCCCGAUGGGAUCCAAAUCUUGCAAUGGAAACAGUCGGUUCAUGGCUCGAUCUUAUGAAUGCUAAUGGUUGGAUUCCACGUGAACAGAUUUUAGGUUGGGAGGCCAGGUCAAAGGUUCCAUCCGAAUUUGUUGUUCAGUCCUCUGAUGUUGCCAAUCCACCAUCCUUGAUUUUAACUGUUGAAGCUUUGUUAGAUCGUUUGCUUCGACUAACUGUUGCUGAAGCUAAUGAAUUUCGUCGUUGGUCUGUGUUAAUUCUUCCAAGGCUACAUGUUUGGUAUCAAUGGUUCAAUACUACUCAGAUUGGUCCUGUCCCUCUGUCAUAUCGCUGGCGCGGUCGCAAUCCAAAUGAAAUUCAUCAGCUGAACCCUCUUACAUUAAGUUCUGGAUUAGAUGAUUUCCCUCGUGCCUCUCAUCCAACUGAUGAUGAACGUCACAUUGAUUUACGUUGUUGGAUGACUUUGUUUGCUCGUGUAAUGGCAAGAUUGGCUUCUGUUGUUACACAAUUUAUGCAGGCAGAUCAAAAUGCAAAUGGUCGAUCAAAGCUAGAAGAGACUCGUUCAUUGAUUGCUGAAUAUACUCGUUGGGCUGAUCUACUAUCAGAUGAGAGUGAACUGGAUAGACUUCAUUGGUCAGAAAAACAGGGCCGCUAUGCUGAUUACGGUCUGCACACAGACUUUGUUAGACUAGAGAUGCCUGAUAUACCUAAGGGAUCACAUGUUUCUGAUGAGAUGAGAUUGGUACGAGUAACUGUGAAAACCCCAUCACUGCAGUUAGUGGACACCUCGUUUGGAUAUGUAAAUUUAUUCCCAUUUCUUUUGAAAGUUCUUUCUCCUACAUCACCACGACUUCCUCGUUUGUUAGCUGACCUGAGUAAUAAGGAAUUGCUGUGGUCUGAGUUCGGCUUGCGUUCAAUCAAUCUUAAGUCUCCUUUUUAUCAUACACACAAUACCAAAGAUGACCCACCCUACUGGCGAGGUGCUAUAUGGAUAAAUAUAAAUUAUUUGGCCGUACAGUCACUACGUUAUUAUUCUCACCAUUCACGUACACCUGUACCUGUCGCUGCAGAAGCUAAACGGUUGGCUGAACAACUGACGCAAAAUUUAGCACGUACCGUAUUAGGUGGACUUGAACGAACAGGUCAUUUAUGGGAACAGUAUAACGAUCAGACUGGAAAUGGUCAACGUGGUCAUCCGUUUUCAGGAUGGACAAGUUUAAUUAGUUUAAUAAUUAGUGAUAGUUCUUAACUUGUUUGUACAUUGUUUUUAUCAUUUAUAUGCCGUG